GCCAGGCACGCGGGGAAAUAGGAAAGAAACAGCCCCGCGAUUUCCGCCUGGGUCUUCGCUCCAGCACCCGGGGGGCCGUGGGCGACACGUUAACAACUUUUUAUUUGGGUGGAUGGCGAGGCAUCCGAACCUAACAGUAAAUAUAUAACACUCUUAAAAGAAGUAAUCUGUUGGGGGGUGCUUUCGGUUUCGAGGGUCCCGUACCCUUCUCCCCCAUCCCGCCCAAACAGCGCAGCGUGACAAGCCAUAUGUUCCGUUCCCGUGGGGGCGGGGGAGAAGCAACAAUAAGUUAAAAGUGUCGCCUCCCCCAUUUCUUUACCUUCAUUCUUGCCAAAGUAACUUUUUUUUCAUUGUUCAAGCGUCUAGGGGUGUGUGUGUGUGUGUAUGUGUGUGUGCCCCCUAGUUCAGAGCGCGCGUGGAAAGUUGUGCGUUAAUGAUUUUUUUUUUAAUUGGUGGGGGGGCGGACUGGAAAGGGCAUUCAUGAGGGUUCGGGUUUUCUUUAUGAAAAACUUUAAGGUGGGACGCGUGAAAUAAAUCCCACUCCCAGGCCUGUUAAACGAACAAGCAAUCGGCCCGGGCGGUGGUCUUUUUCGCGCCCCCCCAGCCGUCCGGCUGCAAAGCGCAGGAGAGUGUAGGCGCGUGCGGCGCGCGAAAUCGUGCUGCGCUCGCCCCGCCGGGCCGGGUCCUCCCCGGAGAAAAAGUCUCGCUGGAGUUUCCCCACCACUCUACGUCCGCCACGUCCUGCUGAAAAAAAAAAAAAAACAAAACAAAAACCCGAAACCCCUAGACCUGAAUGCUUUGUGCGUCCCAAAUUCCCGAUCUCUUGGCCCUGCCCGGUUGCGGAAGGCAGCCGAACGAGGACGAGAACUCGGGAAAAGAGUUAAGUUGUGGGGGGCACUUGGAGAAGUUUCAGGGGAGAUCUGCUCAAGAUGGAAACCGCAGCCCGGGCGCUAAGGACGGGCUUCUGCUCCCGCUUGCAAAAAGAGAAAGUCGAGCCCGCCUUCCUGCCCGACAAAAAAACAACAACACAACAACAAGAACCCCGAAGAGGGUGGAAUGAAUGAUGUCACAGAGCCGCGCUCGCAGCCUGACAAAGGGGGGGCGCGCCCCUCCCCCUCGCGCCGCUCGGCCCCAGAGAGAGGCGCCCCAAGCGCCGGGUAGCCGAGCGCGCGGACUCGAAACUUUUCCUCUUUAAGAAAAAAAAGUUGUGCGCUGCUCCCAGUUGGUUUUUUUUCUUCUUCUUCGGCUUCUUUCCUCGUUUCCCCUCCCCCUUCUUCCUUUUGAAAGUUUCUUUUUUUUUCCUCCGAGUUUGACCGCAUGGCUGAUUCAACUUCAGUGUCAAUCAACUUUUUUUCCCUCCUCUUCCUCAUUUAAAUAAGUUUAAAGCUCCUCCUCCCCCGGCCCACCAAAUCUGAACUUUAUAAAUUGGGCUUCGCGCGCUGCGGCCGAGGAGAGUCAGAAAGGCGAGGGGCGCCGGGAGCAGGCGUGUGGGACUCCAGACCGGAGAGCCGGAGGCUGCGCCUUCCCCGCACCGAGACCUUCGCGACACACCAGAUCCCCGUCCCUGCCCCGUGCGAGCGCCCAGGAUGACCACCACCCUCGUGUCUGCCACCAUCUUCGACUUGAGCGAAGUUUUAUGCAAGCUUGCUUCUCCAGUUGGCCCAGCUUCCAGGGCCCCAGGGCUGCAGGGCUGGGGUGCAAGGAGGCCGAGGAGCAGAAGAGCAACAUCAAAAAAAGGUAACAAGAUGCUCAACUACAGUACUCCCAGUGCAGGGGGCUGCCUGCUGGACAGGAAGGCGGUGGGCACCCCUGCCGGUGGGGGCUUCCCCCGGAGGCACUCGGUCACCCUGCCCAGCUCCAAGUUCCACCAGAACCAGCUCCUCAGCAGCCUCAAGGGCGAGCCGGCCCCAGCUCUGAGCUCCCGCGACAGCCGUUUCCGAGACCGCUCUUUCUCAGAAGGGGGCGAGCGGCUGCUGCCCACCCAGAAGCAGCCGGGGAGCGGCCAGGUCAACUCCAGCCGCUACAAGACGGAGCUGUGCCGGCCCUUCGAGGAGAACGGCGCCUGUAAGUACGGGGACAAGUGCCAGUUCGCGCAUGGCAUCCACGAGCUCCGAAGUCUGACCCGUCACCCCAAGUACAAGACGGAGCUGUGCCGCACCUUCCACACCAUCGGCUUUUGCCCAUACGGGCCCCGCUGCCACUUCAUCCACAACGCCGAGGAGCGCCGCGCCCUGGCCGGGGCCCGGGACCUCUCCGCCGACCGUCCCCGCCUCCAGCAUAGCUUUAGCUUUGCGGGGUUUCCCAGUGCCGCCGCCACCGCCGCUGCCACGGGGCUGCUGGACAGCCCCACGUCCAUCACCCCACCCCCCAUCCUGAGCGCCGAUGACCUCCUGGGCUCACCCACCCUGCCAGAUGGCACCAAUAACCCCUUCGCCUUCUCCAGCCAGGAGCUGGCGAGCCUCUUUGCCCCUAGCAUGGGGCUGCCUGGGGGUGGCUCCCCAACCACCUUCCUCUUCCGGCCCAUGUCCGAGUCCCCUCACAUGUUUGACUCUCCCCCCAGCCCUCAGGAUUCGCUCUCGGACCAGGAGGGCUAUCUGAGCAGCUCCAGCAGUAGCCACAGUGGCUCUGAUUCCCCCACCUUGGACAACUCAAGACGCCUGCCCAUUUUCAGCAGACUUUCCAUCUCAGAUGACUAAACCAGGGUAGGGAGGGACCCCCUGCCUACUCCCCCCUCCCAUCCUUACCCUCAUCUCCCUACCCAACUGAUUCCCGACAGCCCCUGCAUUAACAAGGUUAAGCUCAACCCCUUUCCCCCAGAACCUUGGAAUGCCCCCUCCCUCUCCCCGCUCCUAACCGCCCCCCCCCAACAUAAGGACAAGUCAAUUUGUCAGUAGCUUCCUCUGGCUUGAAACCCCCCUCUCCUCGAUUUUAUAGCCCACUUACCACGCAUAACAGACAAGUCCCAUAUUUGUCAGUAGAUGCCUUUUUCCCCCCCGGCUUAAGCCUUAAGUGCCAAAUCACAAAAGAAAAAGCAGUAACAGUUUACAGAAGCAAUUUAGUGCCUUGUAAUCUAACUUUGUCACUGUGACUACAUUACCUCUUCAGCGCCAGAGGGCACCCGUGGGCCUCCCGGAGCCUCUGCCCAUGGGGAGGGGGAGGGGACCCAAAACCAGCAGCUCCCUCCACUGGCGGCCCAACUGCACCUUCCCUUAUUUCAGCCUCCCACACACUUCCUCCUCCCUCUCCCCACGACCCCCACACCCCUCUUGGGAGAGUUGUUGCCAGACUCGGGUUUUUGGGGAAACCUGUCUUGACAUUCAAAACCUUUUUCUUCCCGACCUGAACCUCUGUUGACUAAUCUUGCCUGGGUUCGUGUAGGUCUACAGGAAGGAAGACUGAAAAAGUGGAUGAAGAUUGUGACAUAAGUGGGACUUUGUGAUUUAAUUUUUUUUCUUUUCUUUUCUUUUUUUUAAGUGGGGAGGAUGGGGAAGCUAGAUGGACUAUGAGAGACUUGAUUUUGGUGCUAAAGUUCCCCAGUUCAUAUGUGACAUCUUUAAACAAAAAAAUAACAAAAAAAAAUGAGAGAAAAGCUAAAAAAACAUGUAAGGGGUGAGCAGUUAAUGGUAUUCAUUCCACAUACAAUAUCUGUGUAAAACGAUUUCCUGUAGAAGUAGCUUUAAUGGUUUUUGCUCUAGAAUACCGUAGGUCUAUCCUUAGAGCACUCACGCCAUGCUUUUUUCCCUGGGUUUUAAACUUCAUAUAACUUUCAGAAAUUGGAGAGCAAAAAUUUUGCUUGUCACUGCACAUCAAUAUAAAAAAGCUUAUUUAACUUAUCAAAACGUAUUUAUUGCCAAAACUAUGCUUUUUUUUGUUAAUUUUGUUCAUAUUUAUCGGGAUGACAAAUCCAUAGAAUAUAUUCUUUUAUGUUAAAUUAUGAUCUUCAUAUUAAUCUUAAAAUUUUGUGACGUGUCUUUUUCCUUUUUUUUUCCACAGUUUUAAUAUAUUAUUCUUCAACGACAUUUUUUGUAACUUUACACUUUUUUUUGGUUAUUUUAUUUUAAAAAAAUGAAAAAUUAAUUUAAAAAAAUGCAAAAAACUGUUGGAUUAUUUAUUUUAGAAAUUUCCCCCCUUUGUGUUGGACUGCAAAUUGAGUUUCUUCUUCUUUAGGCCUUUUCACAGCUAGGACUGAGAAUGUAUGUCAAAGUUCUGUGACAGUACAGAAGGAAAACAACUUUUAUGUAUGGCUUCUAAAAGGGAAAAAAAAAAAAAAAGAAACCCUUUGACUUCCACGUGCCCAUCUCAAGACAUUCCGAUUGCAGAUUUGAGGUUCUGGAUUCCAGGUUUGGAGUUUUCCAAUGUUAAUGCAAACAGAACUGGCACACACAUUAAGAUGAAUGUAAUUAUUAUUCCUCUUGCUGGUCACUACCGUCGCUUUCUAUUUCUCUUUCUUUGUGUGAAUUUAUUUAAAAGAAAAAAAACUUUUUGUAACGACUAUUUGCAGUUUAAAAAUCAAUAAACCCCGUUUUUUUCAAGAAA